GAGGAGGAGGAGGAGGAGGAGGCGGCGGCGAGAAGAUGGCGACUUCGAACAAUCCGCGGAAAUUUAGCGAGAAGAUCGCACUGCACAACCAGAAGCAAGCGGAGGAGACGGCGGCCUUCGAGGAGGUCAUGAAGGACCUGAGCCUGACGCGGGCCGCACGGCUUCAACUGCAGAAGUCCCAGUACCUGCAGCUGGGCCCCAGCCGUGGCCAGUACUAUGGCGGGUCCCUGCCCAACGUGAACCAGAUCGGAAGUGGCAGCAUGGAUUUCUCCUUCCAGACACCAUUUCAGUCCUCAGGCCUGGACACGAGUCGGACUACACGACAUCAUGGGCUUGUGGACAGAGUGUAUCGUGAGCGGGGUAGACUUGGCUCCCCGCACCGCCGGCCUUUGUCAGUUGACAAGCAUGGGCGACAGGCCGACAGCUGCCCCUACGGCACCGUGUACCUCUCGCCUCCUGCGGACACCAGCUGGAGGAGGACCAACUCUGACUCUGCCCUGCACCAGAGCACAAUGACACCCACCCAGGCAGAAUCCUUCACAGGCGGGUCCCAGGAUGCACACCAGAAGAGAGUCUUGCUGCUCACCGUCCCAGGCAUGGAGGAGACCAGGUCCGAGACGGACAAGACCCUUUCUAAGCAGUCAUGGGACUCUAAGAAGACGGGUUCCAGGCCCAAGUCCUGCGAGGUUCCCGGAAUCAACAUCUUCCCAUCUGCAGAGCAGGAGAGCACGUCAUCCCUGAUCCCCGCUACCCACAACACAGGGGGCUCCCUUCCUGACCUCACCAACACCCAUUUCCCCUCCCCGCUCCCGACGCCGCUGGACCCCGAGGAGCCAGCUUUUCCUGCUCUCACCAGCUCCAGCAGCACCGGCAGCCUCGCACAUCUGGGCGUCAGCGGCGCUGGUCAGGGUAUGAACACCCCCAGCUCUUCUCCACAGCACCGGCCAGCAGUCAUCAGCCCCCUGUCCCUGAGCACAGAGGCCAGGCGGCAGCAGGCCCAGCAGGUGUCACCCACCCUGUCCCCGCUGUCACCCAUCACUCAGGCCGUGGCCAUGGAUGCUCUGUCCCUGGAGCAGCAGCUGCCCUAUGCCUUCUUCACCCAGGCUGGCUCCCAGCAGCCUCCCCCACAGCCCCAGCCACCGCCUCCGCCUCCGCCUGUGUCCCAGCAGCAGCCACCGCCCCCACAGGUGUCCGUGGGCCUCCCCCAGGGUGGUCCACUGCUGCCCAGUGCCAGCCUGACACGGGGCCCCCAGCUGCCCCCGCUCUCAGUCACUGCACCGUCCACUCUUCCCCAGUCUUCUGCAGAGAACCCCGGCCAGCCACCAAUGGGGAUCGACGCCACCUCGGCUCCGGCUCUGCAGUACCGCACAAGUGCGGGUUCACCGGCCAACCAGUCUCCCACCUCUCCAGUCUCCAAUCAAGGCUUCUCCCCUGGAAGUUCCCCGCAACACACGUCCACCCUGGGCAGCGUGUUUGGGGACGCGUACUAUGAGCAGCAGAUGACAGCCAGGCAGGCCAAUGCUCUGUCCCGCCAGCUGGAGCAGUUCAACAUGAUGGAGAAUGCCAUCAGCUCCAGCAGCCUGUACAGCCCGGGCUCCACACUCAACUAUUCCCAGGCUGCCAUGAUGGGCCUGAGCGGGAGCCACGGAGGCCUGCAGGACCCGCAGCAGCUCAGCUACACAGGCCAUGGCGGAAUCCCCAACAUCAUCCUCACGGUGACAGGAGAGUCCCCCCCCAGCCUCUCUAAGGAACUGAGCAGCACACUGGCAGGGGUCAGUGACGUUAGCUUUGACUCGGACCAUCAGUUCCCACUGGACGAACUGAAGAUCGACCCUCUGACCCUGGAUGGACUUCAUAUGUUGAAUGACCCCGACAUGGUCCUAGCUGACCCUGCCACCGAGGACACCUUCCGAAUGGACCGCCUGUGAGUGGCCAUGCCUGCCACCCGCCGCUGGUCAGUCCCCGACGGCGCCGUUCCAAGCCUGGGCACGGCAGUGUUCCGUCCUCCUUUGCCCACGGCCAAGCUUGUGGUUCUGAGCUUGCAGUGCUGCCCAGCACCCCCUGCCAGCCGCUACCCUGGUUGUUCACCUCCCAUGAAGCCUGGCACGAGGCCACUGUGUACCAGGCCGGCUAUCUGUCCGUCCAUCCGUCCACCUGGGGCCAGGCUGAUCACAGAGGCCACGAGUGCCUGGCCCUCCUGGACUUUGCCCACGCUCGCUCCCUGGCCCCUCGCCGGGGACGUGAGAGUCCUCAUCAGUGGUCCACUUCCCAGAUGUGCUGCAGGAGAGGGGCUGGGGCGUGAGCGUGGGAGCACCCCAGAGGCUGAGGUGCGCGUCCAUCCGACUGUUCUCAGCUGUCACUGCCUUCCUUUAUCCCUGCCCCUCCUACCGUCACCCCCAGCCCUGGUCAGGUCACGCAUGCCCACCGUGCCCAGGCUAAGACAGCAGAGCAAAGGGACAGACCCGGAGCAGAAUAAACACUAUUUGGAUGGCUGCCUUUUAUAUUCCUGAGCGCUCUCAGAGCGUGACAAUCGACCUAUGGCCGAAUGUGGUGUGGACAGAGCCCAGGGAAGCAGCCGGUGCCCCCUCCUCAACCCUCUCUCAAGCACCCAUGGCCCACUGCCAGGCAAUGCCCAAUAUACAGGACAGGUGGAGGGUCACAGGUCACCUGCCCGUUUUCAUCCUUCCCAGCCCCAUGAUUGGUCCCUACUACUACUUAGGAUCUGGGGCUCAGGAAGCAGCAGCCCUGUGGGUUUGCUUUUCCUUGAGUUUGUAUUGGCAUUUGGUGGCUGACCCUCCCGCCUCUCUGGCCCGGAAGCAUGUUAGCCCCAGUCCCACCUUGGCCUUUUUUAUAAAGCUAACUGGAACUGUAGCCUGAAGCACUUACAAGCCGGGCUGCCUGGAUGCAUGCCCAGACGUCACACUCCUGCACUUAGUCUCAGCUCCAAAGAGCUGGGUGGGCAAGGAGGAGACCGGGUGCGAGGUCCCGGUGACUGGACGUGUCUGGAAGAGCUGCAGAACCGACUUCUAGGAACAGGCCUUGGCUUUCAGUGGGGGCCUCUGGAGAACCCACUCCCUCUGAGCAUCCCCAAGGUGCCAGCCAGGCCUCAGCAGGUGGCUGGUGGUCGUGUCGCUAUUGCUAAGACUCCCUGUGAUGGGGCCGUGGACCUGGCUUGUCUUUUGUGGGCCACUUCUGGCCUGGAAGCUCUGAUCCCCACCACCCUAAGCCACAGCUUGACACGGUCACAUGCCUUCGUCUGCCAGGGCCGCACCGUUUGCUUGACUGUUACUCAGUGAUGUUGCCUGCUGCCUGUGCUGGGGGCUUGGGGAGUACGGGAACUCUGUGUCCCUCCCCAAGCCACAAUGUGGCUGCCUGCAUGAGAAAGCUGCUGCCCUUCCAUCAACGGGCCCCUCUGUCCCCCCGGACUUGGGGAUAUAGCAUUGGUCUGUCUAGGUCUCAGGCCUUUCUGUCACUGUGGUGUGGGCUUGGAGGGAAUAGUACGGACAUCACCACCACCAUCAUCAUCAUCAUCAUUAGGAAACAUGCAUGGUAGUACACAUCUGUUACCCCAGCACCUGAGAGGUGGAGGCUUGCCUGGGCUACAUGAGACCCUGUCUAAAAAAACCAAAACAGAGAAGUACACAUGCUUGGAGUCUGAUUCUCUCCAAGUUGUAGAAGCCUGAACAGCUGGCCUUAGCAAGGCAGAGAACCUGCUUCUCAGGCAAGGCUCCUGCUUCCAGUAACUGGUCACUGGCCUUCCAAGUUUUCAGUGAACUGGGGCAGAAGGGACAUGGCCCCAUGACCCUCCCAAGCUUGUGGCCCAGUUUUCAGUGCCCUGCAGCCAGGAGGGCAUGUAGCUGUGUGAUGUGACUCAGUUCAUUGCCAAGUUCUAUGAUGAGGUGAUGGGGCCCCUGCCACAGCAUCCCAGGCAGGUGUGGGGAUCUCACUAGUCCUCAUAGGCCAGCCAGGGGCCAGGGGUCAGGUGCGUGCAUGAUCUGGAAGGGCCCCCUCUCCCCUACCCUGGGCCUGGCUCGGUGUCAGAGGCACUCCUGAGGGGUGAUCUUGGUUUUCUAGAUGUCAGUCACCUGCCUAGUAUUGCCACGACAUCCCAAGAUGACAGCUCAAGGCCAUGGGGACCCCCGGCUGGUGACACGCACAUACUAUGACCCAUUAGGCUGUGCUGGGAGCAACCACUCUGGAGUCCCUGCAACAUGUACAUAGACCCUCUGCCCACACCCAUGCUUUCUCAGGACAGGUUUGGACGACUGACCCUUGAGAGGUCAGAUUUGUGAGCCAAGCCUGGCCCUUCUCCCUAACUUAACCCGUGUGCCACUGUCUUCAGCCGAGCCUCAGUCUUGUGGCUUUCUGACUCAUUUUCCCAGUUCAGAAACAAGAGCGGGGCAUCUUGAUAGCACUGUGCGCAGAUGUCUGUUUACCUUGCCCUUUUAAGCCCCCUGGGGCAGUGGUUACCCACCCAAAGGCCUCCAGACUGAGGAUGCAGCUGGACCCAGCCCCUCUCUGUGUCCUAAGAAACGGCCCUGUGGUGUUUCUUCUCUGCAGCUGUCCAGUGGCUGUUCCGUGCCGGGGAGAUUCUAAAGUUGAUUGCAUACUUAGCCUAACUUCAGCUCUUUGGAAGACUCUUACACAGGGGGGCCCCCUAGCGAGACCCACAUGCCACCACACAGCAUGCAAGGAUGGCUGGCAGCUGUCACACUAAGCCUGGCGUCAGGAUCACAACCCUGGCACGCAGGACAAGAACAGGCAAAGGUGUGGGGUGGCCACCCUGUGCCGGCACUGGCCACUGUCCUUGUCACAGUGGGCUUGGAGUUGGUUCACUGCAUCCUGAGUUUUCCACUUGCCCUAAGAUUUCUGUGCCCAGUAGAGCCGCAGGUGGAGGGGGCUGGUGGGAUCAGGGUCCUGAUAGAGCCAUGUGGCACAGGCAUGGGGUCAGGUCAGUGGUAUAGUUGUGCCCUAGGCCUGGCUCUUGUCCCUCGAGGUGUCCAGGUGAGGACACCAUGGUGCAGAGUCUACCCUGUGUGGUCUUGACUGCUGGAGGGAGAUGUAGUCUUUCACAGACCCCAAGGUCUGCCUAAGUGUGGUGGUACCUGUCCUUUUUAUACCCCUUUCUCCUUGGCUCCUGAGGUCCCCACUUCCUUCAGGGAUCUCCUGGUGGGUGACUUGGAGACCCUGAUCAUUCCUGUCUCAGGCAUUGCCCUCAGUGUGGCACAAAUGCUCACCACCCCAUUGGUCACAGCCACGUCUCCCCAUCAGGGCAGAAGAUGGAGGGACCUGUACCCUCUCAAGCCUGGGUGCUGGGGUACUCUCAAGGGCAAGGGGUCCCCUGAACCUCAGUUUCCCUUCCAUUGCUUUCUCAACCUUGUUGGGCUCAGGGGCCCAAACCCUCUGGGCAGGGUGCGGACAAUGCCAGGGCCCCAUGACGGUGCCAGCUGCACCUUCUGCACACAGCCUUUCCCUGGGGCUCCAGAGUCUCAGCGUGACCGUGGUCCAGCCUAAUCCAUCCCAGCUGGCUGAACAGUUCUGAUCAUAUCGGGGACAUGAGGACAAAGCUGUGGCCUUAAGUCCAGAGGCCAGCUUUGGUCCUCAGGCCCUAUCUCACCCCUUAGCAGGAAACGGAACGCCAUGGGCUGGGCAGCCUCUCUGAUAUAUGCAAAUGGCUGGUCCCACAUCCCUCCCUGUGCCAAGCUGGCUCUGCCCCCAGCAUGUGCACUCCGCUGCUGUGGAUGUCCAUGGACUGUUCAUGUGGACUGUUCACGUGGACUCCACAGUUGGGGGUCAGGUUGCUCAGGGCACGCACGGCCGCCCGCCCCACCUUCUGGCGCAGACGCUUCUUUGUAUUUUUGCGCCCUUUGUAAUGAAAUGUAAUAAACCCAAUGUUUUCGUC